AUGAGGACUAAAUAUGGAGGGUUUAAAGAAUUUCCUCUUGCUCAGACAAAAAUUGUUGUUUUUUUCCGGAUUCAGAGACCAACAAAUUCCAUUGACAAGCUUAAUCCAGAUUGCCAAAAGAAACGAAAACGUAGUAGUAGUAGCUUGGCAGUGUCGAAGAAGGGGAGAAGAUUGCUUCCCUUCAAUCCUUGUGAGGAUCCUACCAGGAGACUGGAACAUAUGGCGUCUCUUGAUACUGCUUUGACAACAACUGAAGCAGAAUUCAGUAAUGAGCUUACUUAUAUGUCAGGCAUGGCUGCAAGAUCAGCCAAUCGUGCUGCACUUGAACGAGACGGGAUGCAGGUAUAG